AUGCACGCAGCCAUGGCGGUUAGCUCGCCGCCAUACGCCUACAGUUGCAGCUUUCAUCAAACCCUAGAUCCGUCUUGUUCUCCUUCUUCCUCCGCCGCCGCUCUGCACCGUCGUUCAACUUCUCACAAGGUUUCUAGAUUUUUCGGCACUCGGAUUACUGAUUCCGGGAGAUUCAAUCAGGUGCGGUUGCCGUCAGUUUCUCGGCAGCCAAGGAUAAGGGCGGUUGUUACACCUGAUUCAUCUGUGCUGACAGAGGAAAAUGUAGAGAGCGUGUUGGAUGAAGUUCGGCCUUAUCUCAUGGCAGAUGGGGGUAAUGUUGCGUUACAUGAAAUCGAUGGAAAUGUCGUGAGAUUGAAAUUGCAAGGAGCUUGUGGCUCUUGUCCUAGUUCUAGUAUGACGAUGAAAAUGGGCAUUGAACGUCGUCUAAUGGAAAAGAUCCCUGAAAUUGUUGCUGUUGAAGCAAUUUCAGAUGAAGAGACAGGCCUUGAGCUAAAUGAAGAAAACAUUGAGAAGGUUCUUGAAGAAAUAAGACCUUAUCUAGUUGGAGCAGCCGGUGGGGAUCUAGAGCUCGUGGGAAUUGAGGACCCGAUAGUCAAAGUACGGAUUAGUGGGCCUGCAGCUGGUGUGAUGACUGUCCGCGUAGCUGUUACUCAAAAACUUCGAGAAAAGAUUCCAGCAAUUGCGGCAGUUCAACUUAUGUCGUAA